AUGUAAUACCUUUGUUCAUCUUCUGAACACAAAUUAAGAUAUUUUUAUGAAAUCCGAAAGCUCUCUGACCCUACCAUAGAAAGCAAAGUUCCUACCACAAUCAAGGCACAGAAAUGCAGUAAGGACAUCAUUAAAAUUGUCCAUGGGACAUCAACUGUUAUCGUACAAAGCUACAAUACUUUUGGUGCACAAAGCAAACAAAAAUAACAACUUUAUUUAUGAUGCAUGUGCAUGCUAUGAUCUUAAUGUAAACAACAUUAUUCGCAUACUUUGAUCUGAACUUAAUGUGUGCAUGCAUGUUCUGUUCCAGCAGCACCAUGUGCACACAUUAUUUAUGUUCAGAAUCAGAUCAUAGCAUGUGCAUGCUCCGUGAUACUCUUCAAAAUGGCACCAGGGUGACGUAGAGGAGGCAAAUUGUUGAAUAAAAUUCAAUUUUGUUUUCUUUGCGCACAAACCGUAUUCUCGUAGCUUCAUAAAAUUACAGAUGAGAAGAACCAUGGAUGUAACAUGAAAUAUUGUAACAAUGUCUUUCCCUACUAAGUUUCUUGGCCUUGAUCGUGGUAGGACCGUUGGAGGGUCAGAAAGCUCUCAGAAUUCAUAAAAAAAUAUGUCAAUUUGUGUUUUGAAGAUGAACGAACGUCUUGCAACGACAUGAAGGUGAGUAAUUAAUGAAAGAAUUUUCAUUUUUGGGUGAACUAUCCCAUUUAUUUGAUGGUAAUGGUAUUGCAUACUGUAUAUGCCAAAAACAUUAUUUGGAUGAUUUGAUGUAAUUAAGGUCUUAUUUAAAUACAGAUAUAUUUUCAGUCAUCAAACUAACAGUUGAUGACCCUCUUAAGCGGUUGCAUUCGUGAAACACUCAUCUUAGAUGUUUCUGUCCCUUUAAAAGCUGGGGGGCGUGUGACAACCAUAGACUGUAUAAAAAGAUAAAAAGGUGACAACUUGGCCGCCUGCUGUCGAACCAUUCAAGUAGAAAAAAUGACUUGGUAGAAUGGCAAUAAGCGUGAAACUGUGAGUUCCAAUGUGGGUGGGGCUUCGCGACGCAUAUGUUUUCAGAUUCGAUGGAUUAAAUUAAUAAUCUCCUAAUUACAAUCAAUGUUUUUGUCAGUUUUCCCGUGGCAUUUUCUGGUGUAAAUUACUUCCUUUAAUAUUUGCUGAAACGAACUAUAAAAAGGCGUUGUCACGUGAUGUCUGAUACUUUACUCAGCGCUGAUCAGAUUCGCCUUAUCACGAGCACUUGUGAUGACUUCAUAUAGACUUUGUUUAUAUUAUACAUAGAACAUUUCGUUUAAUAUAUAACUAUGUUAAUUAUUGAACAUGACUGAUUAUAGACUCUAAAAAAAUCUUAAAUAAGAGAGAUAAUAUGCGAACUCAAAUUAUUUUAGCGGCUCCAAACGUCCCCUGGAGGAAGGCAACUGUAAGCCUCAUUGUAAACAGCAUUUUACUUCUCGAAUUAUUACAUCGAAUGAGUCUCUUGCAACAGCGUGCCCAGUGCACGAUGAAGCGUUUUGGUAGCACAGGGGUAUGUAACAUCACAUAGGCGGUUCUCGCGCUGUGUUAUUUAACGCGCCCACCUGCACUGCACAGAACACAUUUUCACGGCGUCUUCCUGGAGGACUAGAAAACGAUGGAUCUGCACAUCUUGGACCACAAAUUAAGGGUCACUUCCAUAAGCAAAACGGGACUUCAGCAGUACACGCACCCCCUAAUCAAGCUGAUAUUUCUCCGAAACAGGACGAGAUGCAAAUUUUUCAGUCUCACAGAGACUCCGGAAAAUUACACCGUUGUCCUGGAUGAGGAGGGAUUUAAAGAGCUCCAGCCGUCUGAACACUUACAGGUGGAGGGCUCCACUUGGCUCCCGCUCAAUGUAGUCUCCAAUGGAAAUGCCUCCAGCAGCUCACAAGCCGUGGGCGUCACCAAGAUUGCCAAAUCUGUUAUCGCUCCAUUGGCCGAGCAACAUGUGUCCGUCUUCAUGCUCUCCACCUAUCAAACUGACUUUAUUCUGGUGCGAGAGAAGGACCUGUCGGUGGUAGUGGGGACACUGGUGGAGGAGUUUAAUAUUUUCAGAGAGGAGGGAGGAGAGUCAGUGCCUGUCCACAGUCAGGACGCCUGCAACGGCCUUCAGAGAAACGGCAGAGAGGUUCCACAUGCAACAGUUCAUCCAGUGCUGAUUCCAAAGAAUCAGUUUUGUGUGAUGAGCUUGGAUCCGGACACACUGCCAGCGAUCGCCACCACCCUCAUAGAUGUUCUGUUUUACUCUAACAGUCCUAAAGAGGGCGCCAGUGUUGAUCAAGACAUGGAAUGUAUCAAGUUCUUCUCCUUUUCUCUGAUUGAUGGAUAUGUCUCUUUGGUGAUGGACACAGAAGCACAGAGACAAUUCCCCGCUGAUCUUCUGUUCACCAGCUCCUCUGGUGAGCUCUGGAGGAUGGCGAGAAUAGGAGGGCAGCCUCUCGGCUUCGAUGAAUGUGGGAUAGUUGCUCAGAUCUCUCAGCCUCUUGCAGACAGUGAUAUAUCAGCCUAUUACAUUAGCACCUUCAGCUUUGAUCAUGCUCUGGUGCCAGAAGAAGACAUAGUGAGCGUGACCGAGAUGCUUCAAGCUCAGAGGAAGGAUAUAUCCAGUUGAGGCUGCUUUUGUUUUGAAUGCAUCGUCAGCUUGGAAAGGGUUGAAAAAGUCCUUAAUGUGGGAUGGUAGAUCUUAUUUGAGCCACUAACAUGCAGUAUUACUCCACAAGACUGUCUUACCAUAAACAGAGGUGCUUCAGUCAAAGCAUUUGAGAACUAAACUCAGAAAACUGUUUUGCUUUUGCAGAAGCAGCAGUGCUGAUUAUAUGCCAUUGCUGAGAAUCAGUGUAUUUACAUGAUUUGAAAGGACAUUUUUGCAGCAAGUUAAUGCUUGAUUAUUUGAAGCACUUUUUUCUUAAUUGAAUUGGAAGAUGAGAGGACGUUAUCAGUUUUGGACGUUUAUUUCUUUAUUUCAGGGGGUAAUGAUAAUACAGUUUGUUCUGCAGAAGUCAUUAUUACUUUGAGUAUUGUUCACAGACGUCUUCCAGUAUUGUCAGAAACAGUUUUUUUUUUCUUCUUCUUAAGUAACCCUAUUGGAGGUCAAGCAAAAGAAAUUUAUUGUUGUAGCAACUUUUGGUGUCAUUGAAACAUUGCACU